CUUGACACAAAAAGAAAUGAGCAAUCUUGGAUCUUACCCUCCGGCGUUUCGCCACCAAAACAAGGAGCAAAGCCAGAAGUAUGAUCCGGCUGAUGAAGAGGAUUCAUUAGAUCUUAUUCCUCUGAUAGAUCUCCAGUGUAUAAACCUGGACAAACUUGGGGAGGCAUGUAAAGAAUGGGGUAUGUUUCGUUUGGUUAAUCAUCAAGUUCCUUUGACCCUUAUGAACCAACUUCAAGAACAAGCCAAAAAGGUUUUUUCUCUAUCGUUUGAAUCCAAACAAAGGUUAUUCACUAGUCCAGUGUCCUACUUUUGGGGGACUCCUGCUCUUACUCCAUCGGGAACUGCCUUAUCAAGAGGUCCCAACAAUAUAAACUGGGUUGAAGGAUUCAACGUUCCUCUCAGUCAACUCUCUCAGUUUCAAGCCGAUGAAGAUCCCAUGCUUCAUUCUUUCAGACUUUUGUUGGAGGAAUACGGGAGGCAUAUGGGAAGGCUUGCUAAAACACUAUUUGAAGCAAUGGUGAAGAACCUUAAUUUGGAUUCUGAAGAAUCCAAGUCUAAUCUAUCAGAAUCCACUGGGUAUGUGAGAGCUUAUCGCUACCCGGGUUUACCUGAAACUGAGGCUCUAGGCAUGGAGUUGCAUACAGACAGCUCGGUUCUCUCUAUACUGAAACAAGACAUUGUGGGCGGACUUGAACUGUUCAAAGACGAUAAAUGGUUCAAAGUUAAACCCAUUCCUGGCACAAUGAUUAUAAAUCUUGGAGACAUGAUGCAGGCAAUCAGUAACGAUGAGUACAUGAGCGCGAAGCACAGAGUGAAAACGAAAAAACAGGUGGAGAGAUUCUCAAUCUGCUACUUUGUAUUCCCAGAAGAAGGCAGUGUGAUUCGGAGCUCAAACUACAAGCCUUUUACUUACAGUGAUUUCCGGGCGCAGGUGCAAGAUGACAUUAAGACUUUAGGUUAUAAAGUUGGGCUGGAAAGGUUCAAAAUUCAUCAGGAUUAAUUAGGUGCUUGCUACAGCUUAUUAUAGAGUGCUCAACAGUCAACAUUCAAUAAUUAAUGUUUCUGUGUUUUUGUUGACUCCAUUUUCUAGUUAAUUAAACUAUAUGUUAUCUUUUUCUUAAUUA